AUGCCUACAGAUCUUGCAAUUGAUCUCGAUGGUAAUCUAUUUGUUUCCGAUGAAAAAAACAAUCGUAUACAGCGUUUCGCACCCGGUGAAACAAGCGGUGUUACGGUAAUUUGGAAUUUGCAAAGUCCUCAACAGAUUCAAUUCGAUUAUCGAACAAAAGCGCUUUAUGUUUCCGAAAUGGAAGGUGGACGUGUAUUAAAAUGGGACUUGCAAACUCGAGAAGGAGUGACUAUUAUACGCAACUGUCGCCGAUGUACUGGUGUAUUCGUAUCGUCAAAAGGGUUUAUUUAUGUUGUGGAGAAUCGACGUCAUCAUGUGGUAAAAUAUCAAUGGGAUGGACGCAGCGAGACGAGAUUGGGCGUUGUCGCCGGCAUUACUGAUGUGUCUGGCAGAGCUGCAGAAUACUUGAGUCUUCCGCAGGCAAUAUUUGUUGAUGAUGUCGAUAAUUUAUAUGUUGCUGAUUCCGGAAAUUCUCGAGUUCAGAAGUUUAAACCAGACAGUCGUCAAGGCUUCACUCUUUACGAGUACGAUCAAGCCAUUCCAUUAUAUGUCUUAGUCGAUAGCUAUGAUACUGUCUACGUCACAAUUUACGUGCAAGAAGCAUCGAAUAUAUUGAGAAGUCUCAUUGUUCGAAUUCCAAGGAAUGGAUCAAUGAAUUUCAUAGGAAAUAAAGAUUCGGAAUAUUCACAACAGGAAUUACAAGGUGCACAUGGUUUAGCAUUUGAUCAAGUUGGAAAUAUGUAUGUCGCCGAUACCUGGAAUCAUCGUAUUCAACGUUAUGAUAUUGAUCUGAGCCAAUGCAAUCACACACAUCAAUAA